CAGUGCGCGUAAGUUAAUUAUUUACCUGCCGAAUUUCUUAUCUAGCUCCAAGAGAUAAGAACAGCCCAAUGCAUUGAUUCACAUAGAGACUCACGAAUUAUCAGUUGACUCAAGCCCGCGAAGGUGACAACAUUACACUUUCUAGCUCUCCUCACAAUUUUUAGUGCAAACUUUUAAUAGCUCCAAAGCAUUGAAAAAUGCUGAAAUACAUUAUCGGUGCCACAGUUUUGGCGACUCUUUUCAUCUACACCAGCGCAGAAUGCGUGAUUUGUGACUCCAGACACGAUAUAAAUUGCUUAUAUGACAAUCUUCCGUCGCAGAAUUGUACUCCUUGGGACAGUCAGUGCUUCGUGAGGAUCGACACUGAUGGAAGCACCGUCCGAGGAUGCCUGAACACUCUGAGUGGUCCUGAGCAGUUCCAGUGCACAGGACAAUCCUGCCAAUCAUGCACAAAUGUCCAGACUGGCAUUGGCUUCCAUCCGGGAUGCAACAACAUCAUCUUCCCGGAACACCGUCAGCGUUGCCACGUGUGCAACACCGGUAUCAACUUCGACUGCCAAGGCGAGCAAACGAAUCCGGCGAUCAUCUGUCCGACGUUCGUCGACGGCGACAUGUGCUUUGUGCGUCGCGAAGGGGACAACUUCAUUCGGGGUUGCGUUAGCGAUGAUCCAGUCUGCAGUCAGGCGGGCGGCGGCGGGUGCUACACCUGCAUCGGAGAGGGUUGCAACUUUGCCAAUGUUUCGUCGAUUGAGUUCCCAGACUCGCCCGGAAGCGCCGGAAGAAUCACGUCGAUCUUCACCUUCCUCGGCUUUGCCGUGAUGGCGAUUCUCUUCAGCCAGUUCAACUGAGGAUUUUCCACAAUCAUUUCUAAGUGCAUUGAAUUCAUUCCUAAAGUAGCCACUUUCAUGUCUUUAUCAUUGUGCUUUGAAUGCUUUGAAUGUCAAUAAA